AUGCAGAGAGUCGUGGAGUCAAAGUGGCAGGAUGCCGCCCAGCGCCAGGUCGGCGAAGACGACGUCGGGAAAUUCAUCACACUGAGAGUUCGACCGGGCAAACAACCGGGGCGUGUAUCCCAGGGACACGGCAUGUAUUCACCAAUGACCAGGGAAGAAGCUGAGCAGGAGCAGGCACCGUGGCACCUCUCGUUGUCCACAGGCCCGCUGCCCUCAGGAACAGUGGACGUGACGGUGGCGGCCUUCGGUGGCGAGGCUGACAGUUGUGCCGCUCUCCCUGUUGUGUCGGCGAUCCCAGAGGAUGGCUGCUUGCCUCUCCUCAACGCGCAACAGGUUAAAGGCGCGCACGUCCUCGUCCGUCGAGGACGCUGCAGCUUUCUUGCGAAAGCGCUCGCAGUCAGCAACUCUGGCGGGGCCAGCGUGGUUGUGGCCGAUGAAGGAGCCGGCCGCUUGAGGAUGGAGGCAGAAGAGGGGCAAACUGUCGGCAUUCCCGUCGUGAUGGUGUCGAAACUGGACGGGGAGGCCUUGCAAAAACUGGCGGCCUCGACCUCCCGCGCCACAGGAAAGGUCACCGCAACGCUCGUCAUUAACGCGGCCUGUCUCCAUCGCGGCAAACCAGCGCCGUCACCCCGAAGAGAAAUAUCCCCUCCAUUGGAGCGGGGUAGUCGGCGGCUGCCUAUCCCUGGGGCCAGGAAUCCCGCCUCUGGCGAAGAAGACAAGGCACCUACCGAUGAUAAAAGGGGCCCGCCAGCGAUCGAAAUGGCGGCGGGGGAGAAAAUCAACAACCAGAGGGGAGAUGUUUCACCGUCGUUGGUUGCGACACCCCCAGGCCAAGGGGAGGCGGAGGUUGCUGACACGCCAGCAGCUGCCAGGGCCGACGUCGAGGUGAUCACUAAUAGAGGCGGCGAAGAAGAUCGGGGAGGGGGGAAGGAAGUGGAGGAAGAGGGAGGGAAGGAACGUUUGACGCUGCCAGAAUGCCGGCAGAGAAGCUCAGGCCAGCUCCGCGGCGGCGACUUAACCCCUCUGAACUUGGAGGAGGAGUCGACGACCAUCCCCGAAAUGGACAGUCCGGGCAGUGGCACGACCGCGACCGUCGCCAUCCUUGGCGGCCCCUGCGACAACACACGUUCACCUCACGAGGACGAGACAACGUCGCCAGCGGUGUCGAAGAUGAAGGGCACAACGGUUCUGCUUCUCCCGCCAGACCCGGCCUGCUCCAUCGAGAGCCAGGAAGGCAAGCACUUGUUGGGUUGGGUGCUCCGAGUCCGCGGUGGUGGAGACGGCAGCGGGAGCGGGGAACGCAGCUUUGGUGGUAACGGGGGGGGCGUGGUCACGGUGGAUAUGGUGGAGCGACAUGAAUUGGGGAAGCUGUGGGGAGAUGUGGUUUGGGCCUCGGACCUCACGAACUGGCCCAAAGGGUCCAAGCAGCGACGGCGGAUCCUCAACCGGCUGCGAAAGACGCACAGCCCCGAACACGUUGGCAGGGACGGAGCGUCAUCUAGGACAGAGAGCGCGACCCGCUGGUCCCUGGUGGAACGCGCGUACGCCGCCUUGCAGGACACCGAUGAUGCGGGCGAUUCGACCAAACCAUCGAGGGCGCACCCUGCGGUUGAUGUUGAUGACACCACGGAGGAAGACGAUGCUCGAUUCAACUCAAAUAUUAUCGCGACGUUUGACACAGAGCUGUAG